UAUUUUUUCACUUGACACCGUCAAAUUUUUAGGAUCCAGCAAACCACCAUCCGAAGCGGACUGUCAUUGCACUUGGCUGGAGAAAAAUUAUCAGUGUAAUCGCGAGGAAAAUUAGGGAAAAAGUGGUUUUUCACUAACUUUAGGCUGAUGAGGUUGAUUAGUUUUUGCAUAGUUUUAGGCGGUGGUUCGGAUAUUUGAGUUGUAAGUGUGCAAUUCGCUUGUUUUUCUGGCAAUGGACAGAUCUUUCUAUUCUAAUCUAAUCACGAAUCAGUGAGUGCCAAAAGGAAAUUGUCUGGUAGCCACCCGAUUUGCAUACGGAGUUAAAAACCAUUGAGUCUGAUAACUUUCAAGGAAUUCUACAAAAACUAACGUCAAUUUGGCCUAAAUACGGUUAGCCGCAAAGCCAUCAAAAUGUGAUAUGCUGCAUUAUAUCAUCGAUAUAGGGUGAAAAGUUGAUUUUCCUUUGCAUGGAAAAUUGCCCGUGUCGGAUUCUUGUUCUUGUUCUUCUUCGUUCGGGGCAGACUGAAGGCUGGCUCUGAUACUGCUUCUGCUGUUGCUGCAUACCUACAUACAUUCAGGCGCAGCCGGGCUUCGCAGAGAUAAAGCCGAGUGUGAGAGUGCAGAGGUUUUACGGUAAGCGCAAGGACGAUCAAAGUGUGAUACAAAUCAGACUGGAAUGAUGCGAAAGCGGAGUUCAUAAAAGGACAAGUUUAUUGCACAAUCAUCGCCGUGGGUAGAACGAAAGCAUUCGGUGUCUGUGCCUUUUGGCACCGGUGCGAACUUGCUUUCGGGGGGUUGCCGUUAGUUAUAUAACGUGCUAUAGAUUAAACUUUCACCUUAAUCAGCGCCAUCAGUUAAUUAUUCAAAAGCUUACAGAGCACCUCCCAAGAUAUGGCUAAGAAAAUACCUUUCAAGGUGGUGUUUGCUUCGGAUGAAGACUCGGACUAUCCGGCCAGCGAAUUGAACACUCACAGUCCCACCGUGCAUGGGUGGCGUUCGAAUCCGAGCAGUCCUGUGACACCGAAGGAGAUAGUCCUGCGGUUCUUCAACCCGGCCCGCAUCGUCCGGAUACAAGUGUUGGCCCAUCAGUACUAUAUACCGGAGCGCAUCGAGCUGUGGCUGCACUACUCAAGCCGAAGCGCACCUAGCACCCCGUCCAGUCAGAGCUUCGAAUACAUGGGCUUCGUAGCCUUGUCCGACAACUCCAGUACCAACUUCACAUCCCGAGAGCUGCAGAGUGUGACCGUUACGCCCAAGGUUGGUUCACAUCUCAAGCUGCGCCUCGGUCCACCCUACCCGAACAAGUACAAUGCCGACAAUCAGGUGGCCCUGCUGGCCAUCAACAUCCUCGGCGAAGAGCUAACCACCGAGGAACUGGCUUCCAUUCAGUCCAACACGGCUCUGCUGAACGCUACACCGGCCAACAUCGAAGCGUUGAACAGCUCGCUGGCGUCGAUGUGCGAUGAUCUGUCCUACUCCAUGUACGUUGAGGAAGGCAUUUGCGACGUAGUUCGCAAGAUGGAGCUGUUGAAGGUGCAAGCCGUUCAAGAUGAACGCUUUGAAUACGCUCGGAAGCUGAAGCUGUGUAUGACUGCGUUACGCACGGCUGGUGAACGACUUGGACGAUAUGCUCUAGCGAAACGACAAGCUGUUCAACAGGAGGACUUCAAUACGGCUAGGCUGCGCAAGGAGCAAAUAGAAAUGUACAGGAAAGCCGUGUUCGAUCAACUCCGGGUAGACAUUCUCCUGCAGAGCGAUAAGAGUAUUGCCAGUAACGACAGCUGUUCGGAGCUGUACGCAUCCAAACCGACGUUGCCUUCACCGCCCAGUCUACAGGACGUGGCAAGUGCUUUAUCGGAAUCCUGUCUGCCGACUGUGGCGGAAGCUGUCUCCAAGCAGCAAAUCCUACACGAUACGACUGAUUCUACCACUACGACUACCACCAAUUCUACGACUUCGGCUUCCAGUGGUGGGGCCACAAGCAAACCUCACGAGGCCACCCCUAGCAAACAUCCGCACAAUCUGUCCAGGCCCGAGGAUAUUCCGAAUUCUCCACUGCUUAGUCACAAGGGUCGAAGUCCGAUGCGUUCACCAACGAAUACCGGUUCGCUGCGUCGGAGGAAUAAGAGUGCACCUCGCAAUAGCUACGAAGACUACGAUGAACGGGCAAUCACUACACUGAGCUCCCACACGCAUGACUUCUUCCGCGAAUGUCAGGGGACGGCCAUGAUCGAGAACGAGUCGGGCAAGAUUCGCUGCAAGCUGAACGAACGCGAGAGGCGACAGGCUGCGCUGCCGAUAAUGAUCUUCGGUAUGGAACUGGUGGAGUUGAUCUACUCCCGGCAGUUUACCGAUCGCGAAGAGGGCCUGGUGCGACUGAGGAGUAUUCUGAAACGAGAAGGCGAGGAGGAUCAGUCGGCGGGACCGAACAAGAUCUGCCGGAGCGCUACGCUGUUGCUGCACCGUGGAGUACGCGACGCGGUGUUUUCGGUGUUCAGCCAGGCGACGGAAACGGUUCGAUCGCUGUUUAUGGAGUUUGUGCCAAAUCGGGUGUCGCCGAGUGAAGUGUCUCGAUCAGUUGAUCGUCUUCUACCGGAGCUACUAUCGAAAAGUGGGGAUCCUUCAGCAAGAGUUCACACGCUAGCUCAGCAUACGAUCCUCAGCAUUGCAGCGUGUCAGGAGGUUCGAGAUCAACACCUGAUCGCUCCGGCCUUAUCGAGACCAGUCGGUAAUGGAACUCAUCCACGAUUAGCGCUGAGCAGAAUGCAGAUGCUCGAACAGUUGGUACUGAGUCAAGGCAUAUCCAACGACAAACAGAGUGGCUUGGCGUGUCGGACGUUGUCCGAAGCGGGCUGCUCGGGGAUUCAUCAUCCAGCGGAGUCGGUACGGAAGGUUGCAGAAAGGGUUCUGCUGUUGGUGUACAAGGUAAAUCCUAGGUUGGUAAGAAAACAGUUGCCCCCGGAUGACGAUAUCACGAGACGGAACCUUCUUUAUCGACAGCUGUUUACCGAGUUUGAUAAGAUUGAUCUGCAACGCAAAAAGGAAAUGUUGGAGAGUAAGCAAUUCAGUGGCCCGAAUGCUUUUGGCGGAAUCUGUUCUCCGCCGAUGUCCAACAGUUCGAAGAACUCUCCACCGGUGGAGAUUCGAAGUCGGGCGAUGCGAUACGACAGUGCCGGAAGUGCUGGACGCACGAUCGUCAGUUUCUCCGACGACAAGAACACUAGUUGGCAGUCAAGUUUCAAUUCACUGAAAUUGCAGGAUUCCCACUUGAGUCCGGUGAGACGACCAGAUUCGGCUGGAAUCAUCAAGAGCAAGAGCGGCCAUGCGAUCGGUCAUCACCAUUGGGCCAGUGAGGAUAAAUGCGAAAGUUCCUACUAUGAGAAGCCGAGCUGCAAUGGGAAGGAGCAGAAGCUGAGUCAACCCAAAACGAUGAUCUACGACAGUACGGUUGGAUUUCUGGGGUCGGAAAAUGGUGCCGGCUCCAGGAAGAGUUCCAAUUCGGACUCCUUCGAAGGGAUCGACAAUGAGAUUCGCUGUCCGUUCUGUGAUUGGAUCUGCCAUGGAGACCCCGCCCAGCUUGAUAAGCACUACUGGAAGGCGUGUCCCGUGCUGACCAAAUGUCCUCAGUGCAGUCAAAUAUUGGAGGUAGCCGCACUGUCACCACAUCUUAUAAAUGAAUGCGAGGCGAAAACUAGUUACGUUAGUUGUGAACGAUGUACGGAGUCAGUGCAUAAGGAUCUAUACGAGUAUCAUAUGAUGGAAGAUUUCUGUCGAGAGCUUACAAAUGGUGCUGCACGUUGUCCCUUAUGUCACGAUGACGUUCUCCUGCCGCUAGACGGAGGCUGGAAGCGACAUCUGCUGAGUCGAUCGGGUUGCUUGGGAAACACCCGACGGAGAGCAAAAGUUUAAACAAAUUGAAUCAAAACUUUCAAAAUAGUUAAAAUCUAGGAAUUUUUGAAAAUUCUUGAAAUAUGCAGUCGCGUUUUAGUCUGAACAUAGUCAACAAUCUUGAACAGCAGCUAACGGUGGAGAUCCUUGGAAAAUUAGAGUCGCUUUUAAAUGUCUCUUUUAACAUUUUACCAUUUUCAACAGCUUUUACCAAUCAAAGUGAAUGUAGGAUAGAGAGUUUUUCAAAAUUCAUUCAAAUCAACAGCACCAAACAAAAGCAAACUAUUAGUAGAGACAGACACAGCAAAACUAACACGUUUUAAAUCAAGCUGCAGAUUCAUAUUGUUCGACGAUUACAAAAAUGACAGUUAACUAGAAAAUUUAAAAAUAACUCUAAAGCUUUUGACUAAUCAAGACACAUACGCAGAUGGUACCAAUUGUUAAACUGCAAUACACAACAGAAAAAAAAAGAAUUUAAUCGAGUUUAACGUUGUAACACACAUUCCAGAACAAGCGAACUGUGAAGCCCUAACCUAUUGAUACGAAAGCAAACUUUCCGUAGCGGAUGUUAUGUUGGGUAGAUUUUUUAACGAUAGAUCGAAAUUUAGAGCAUUAAUUAGAACCUUUCCCUCCCGUAAGUAUAAAACUGAAUCAAAUUGUCCUUGUCUGAAAAUUAAAAUAAUAAUCGAAACCAGUCCAAGCAGCAUGUGAAACCGUAAAAGUAUUUCCCGUCCUUAAAUUUGAAUCGAACCGAGAAAAUAAAGAAUUAUGUCUUCUUUUUUUAUUCGA